UGACGUCAUAGGGUGCCAUUUUGUCAACAGACCUUGAGAGUGUGUAUCAGUAAACAGACAACAAGAUGAUGGAAGAAUCAUCUGACGAGCAGCCGGAGAUUAUCUCUCAUGAAGAAGCUCAGUUAGCAGAGAAAGAGGCUGCCCAGACAGCUGCCGCAACCCCCUUGAAAUCUGCAGCCAGCAAUGUGGCAGCCCCUUCCCCACUCCCAUCAUUCCUUGCCACCCCUCCCACAACGCCAGGAUCAACCCAGGGUAAAGCAAGUCCAUCCCCAGUGCCACAGAAACCGUCGUCCUCCAUUACAACUCCCAGUGUCAAGGGACCAAUAAUCUCAGCAGCAGUUGCCUCCCCUUCUUCAGGAGGCACCACUGCCCCAGGACAUAUGGAGACCCCGUACGAGGCUAGUUCAUCUAUUCCAGUGAGUGAUGACUCUCCGGGACCCAUGCCCCAGGCGGGGGGAGGCUUGUUGAGCUGGAUCUCCGGCAACAGUCUGGUGUCAAAGGUCAUGGAAAAGACUAAGAACUCUAUGGAGUCUGUGAUCACCACACUGGACCCAGGCAUGAAGGAAAUUAUACGAUCUGGUGGAGAUAUCAACAUUGUUGUCACAUCUACAAAGGAGUCGAAGCUCGGGGCUGUCCGAGAAGCUUUUCAACAGGUGUUUGGUCGAGCAACAAUUACAGGCAUGGAGAGCCAGGCCACAACAGCUGCCCAGCCAGUUGGAUGCACAGCUGGCCUGAAGGGAGCAGAGGAGCGCAUCCAGAAUCUCCGCCAGAAGAGUUCCCUGCCAGGUGACCAGCCUAUUGUCUCUGUGGAGGGAUUCAUCAUGGAACUUCUCCCUGACAGAUGGUACGAAAUGAGCUGCUUGGUACUCCAAGACCCCAGCCACAGAAUUGACCUGCAGACCUUCUCCCAACCAACUCUCAUCCCAACAGAAUACGUCCUCUCUGCACAAGACCAGACCCCGUCCACCUACCCCCUCCGCUGGUCAGGACUUGCUGUCACCAUCGGCCAAGUGAUCGAGACAGCCCAGCCUCACAUCGGUCAUACUGACUGGCAAAGUGUUCUUGUUGGUGUGAGCCGGAGAGAAGCUCUACUGCUGGCAGCACGGGGACUGGCCUACAUGUACCAGCAGCGGUUGCCCACAUCGUUCAUCUCAUGACCUGCCCAUCACUUAUCUACAAAACACUGAAUCUAAUGCAUUUACCUGAGUGUAAAUCUGUUGAGGGGAGAUGAAUAUUUCUCAUGGACAUAGCUGAUUUUUCUUUAAGUCUAAUGCUGUUGUGUAAAAGGUGUGAACAGUAUUAUAUGGAAUCAGUUACGGACAUGACUCAUUGAUGGUUUUUACAAAAGUUGACACUCGGCUACUUGCAUAUAGCCAUGUCCAUAAUUCAAGGGCUCCCCAGUAACCAAUGUCUUUCCUUGGAUGGCUAGGAUUUGAUGAUAUGUAACCAUAUAAAGGUCCAUGCUAAGCAGUUUGCCAGUCGACAUCAAGGGCAAAUGAUAUGUUCUUAAAUGACAAUAGAUCCUCUAGCAAACUUGUGUAUGACAACUAUUUCAACGCUUUCAAUGCUUAAUCAUUGCUCGCAGUUUCAGUUGUUGAGACUACAUCACACAUGCGAAUAUAACUUGCAUAGUCGUAUUGUAGACAGGAAGUGAAAUAUUUAUUCGCAAAUGUGAUAUCAAACUGAUUGUGAAAUAUUGCAAACAUGUGAACAGUGAGAUGCAAAUAUGAUUUGUUCAUUCUCCAGUAUUUAGAUGGUGUUGUACUCCUUUGUUUGCUAGCAUCUUCUAGUGUUGGGGGUGUAACAUUCAUGGGAGUACCAUGAUACACGAUACAACUCUCCUUUGUUUACUGGUAUCUUCCAUACUUCUAGUGUUAGGGAUGUAACAUUCAUGGGAGUACCACGAUACCCGAUACAACUCUCCUUUGUUUACUGGUAUCUUCUAGCGUUAGGGGUGUAACAUUCAUUGGAGUACCACGAUACACGAUACAACUCUCCUUUGUUUACUGGUAUCUUCUAGCGUUAGGGGUGUAACAUUCAUGGGAGUACCAUGAUACACGAUACAACUCUCCUUUGUUUACUGGUAUCUUCCAUACUCCUAGUGUUGGGGGUGUAACAUUCAUUGGAGUACCACGAUACACGAUACAACUCUCCUUUGUUUACUGGUAUCUUCCAUACUCCUAGUGUUGGGGUGUAACAUUCA